AGGUCAACCGCAGGGGGUCUGCUGUGCCAUGGGGCUCAAAGGGGAGAAGGCUUAAGGGGGGAAAGGGUGCAAAGUGUGCCCAGGGCCUAAACGGUCUCCAUCUUCAACUCCAAAGGCCUGGCCAUAUCACAAACAUAAGCAAGAAUGGCAUCUGAACAGCAGAGAAGUACAUCUAUUGAAGAGACAAUAAAGGCACAGGAAAGGGAGUUGGCAAUAACUGAAACCCUGUGGGACCAGGUGCUAACAGCCUUUAAGGGCAUCCAAAAGGAGCUUCAGGAAGAUGCUCGGAUUCGAGGCAUGAGCAACCGUUCUGUGACAUCCAUGCCACCUGCACCCCCCAGGACUGGAAGCUUCAAGCCUCCAGAUUUCCCUACAGCCCCAAAUAAGAAUCACAGGUCAACUCUGGAGUGCAGCCAUCAGAAGCAGUUCUUACAACCCAAGGAUGUUAACUAAGAGACCAGUCAACCUUCUACCCUAGACUCUUUCAUCAAGGAAGCACUCCUGUGUUUCUUCCAGGGCUCGACUCAGUUGCCUGAUAAACAAAGCAUAGGAGACAGACAUCCUCAUUACCAGAGUCUACAGCAGCAACUGGGAACUUGGAAAUCAACUGAGAGCCAGGGACAUCUUAACUGCCAAGCAAAGAAUCCAUCAGAUAAACAAUGAAGCAAAUAAAUGUGAUGUAAACCAA